UGUAUUGAAGGACCAAACUGUUCGAAGCUCAUUGAAUAUAAGACCCACCAAUAGUCAUUUGUUUUACCACUACCAAGUAUAUGACGCUAGUUUACUAUUUUAAAAUACGAUCCUGGUUUUGUGCGGAAACAAAUCUUCACCAAAAAUUGGUCGAGAAUGGAGUUGGUCUUUGAUCCUUCAGAUUUGCGUGUUGUAGGGAAACUCGCCAAUCCACUAAGCGCGGAUCUUCUCUAUGAACCUUCUUCUAUUGGCCCUCCACGACCAUCUGGUCUUAAUCAUUGUCCAUUUUCUCCACCGCCGUUACGAGUGCUUUCCGAUAAAGCGGAUUUCGAACAAAAACUUAAGGAACUUCUACUAAAACCACCAAAACUGCACCUACCCCGGAUCAUUCCAAAUAUUCUCAACCUGCUCAGGACUGAGCAACCGCCACAGAUAGGUGAAUUACACGCGGUACGAGAUUUAGCAACUGGCGAAAUUAAGGGUGUCCGUGAGGUAAUUCCGAAACUUGAGAUCAGCAAAGUUGACUUCGACGAAACUUACAGUAAGCCUCCUGGUUUCAACCAUGACGUUGAUUUGGAUAAAACCUCAUUGCCAGUUCCAUGUCAGUUCGAUGUGGACAAGGCGAGUAGCACUUUAUCACCCGAUUCAGAUGACAUGCAGAGUUUCCUUGCGUCCUUGCCGCCCCUCGAGGACAUGGUAGCCUCAGAUCGUUCUAUUAAUCUUCAACAUUUCGGAGAAGCUGAAUCCUGUACUCAGCCUCCAAAAGAACAGUUAGACGAACCACCUCAGGUGAAUCUAAAUGAAGUUCUUCGAAUUAAAGACUUGCCCUCGACGGAAGAAGGCUCGAUUGGAAGACGCAAAUGGGCUGAGGUAGUGAACAUUGCGGAGACAGUGCCUAACUAUGCCGAACUAAACCCAAAUCCUGCAUAUACAUGGCCAUUUGAGCUUGACACAUUUCAGAAGAAAGCGAUUCUACUUAUAGAGAAAGGCGAAAAUGUUUUUGUAUCAGCUCACACGUCAGCCGGAAAGACUGUUGUCGCAGAAUACGCAAUCGCCCUUGCGAAAAAGCACAUGACAAAGACAAUCUACACUUCCCCGAUCAAAACACUGUCAAAUGAAAAAUUCCGGGAUUUUCGGGAAAUGUUUGAAGAUGUCGGUAUCGUUACCGGAGACGUACAGAUAAAGCGGGAUGCUGCGACUCUCAUUGUGACAACUGAAAUCCUUCGGUCGAUGCUUUACAACAAGGCUUCGAUUAUUGAUGAUCUCGAAUGGGUAAUUUUUGAUGAGUGUCAUUACAUCAACGACGCAGAUCGUGGAGUAGUCUGGGAAGAGGUGUUGAUUAUGUUACCGCCACAUGUUCACCUGGUUCUGCUGUCAGCAACGGUUCCUAACGCUAUAGAGCUGGCUGACUGGAUCGGCCGCAUAAAGCAGAAAAGCAUUUAUGUUAUUUCAACGACAAAACGACCGGUCGCACUGGAGCAUAUGCUUUAUUUAGGAAAAAUAGGCGCCUCGAAAGAACAAAAGGCUCUGCUCAAAGCCAAGGAAAAACCUCAGGCUGUCGAAUUGCCAGAUCAAGCAGUGCUGAUCCUUGACUCAUCAAACCAAUUUAAGAGCAAGAACUACCUACAGGUGUGCGCAGCUAAGAGGGGUUCUUUUAACCAAUGGAAGGGCGGAGACGAACGAAGCCGGUACUUGGGUCUUGUGCAAUACUUGCAACAAAAUGAUUAUUGUCCGGCAAUUAUAUUCACGCUGUCUCGGAAACGUUGCGAUGACAACGCCAGAGCCCUUGGAAGCGUAGACAUGACGUCAGCCACGGAAAAAUCCCAGAUUCAUAAAUUUAUCAAACACUGCACGGCACGACUCUCUCCGGAAGAUCGUCGUUUGCCGCAGGUCGAAAUGCUUAAGCAGUUGCUCAGGGUCGGCAUUGGGAUCCACCACAGCGGCAUUCUUCCCAUCAUGAAGGAGGUGGUCGAAAUGUUGUUCCAGAAAGGCUUGACGAAGCUGCUGUUUGCAACCGAGACUUUUGCGAUGGGCGUCAAUAUGCCUGCUCGGACCGUCGUAUUCGAUAGCAUUCGUAAGUAUGACGGCUACCAGUUUCGCGACUUGCUGCCAGCGGAAUACAUUCAGAUGGCUGGCAGAGCAGGUCGUCGCGGCAAGGAUACCGUUGGCGUUGUUCUUAUUAUGGUUAAAGGAGACGUACCGGACUCACGUUCACUGCAGGUAAUGAUGACCGGCAAACCACAAUUGCUCCAGUCGAAAUUCAAGGUGACUGAUACGAUGAUCCUUAAUCUGAAGGCUGGACUGCAAAUGCGUGUUGAAGAAGUUAUGCGCGACUCAUUCGUUGAAGACUCAAAACAAUCGCAGCAGGAUAAAUUUGUUAAAGAUAGAGAAAAGUUAACAGAAAAGCUUGCAGCAAUGGAACCUGUAAAUUGUAAUUCCUGUUCGAGCAUCAGCGAAUGCCUAGCUGAUCUUGAGCAUCUAGCUGCCUAUAGACUGACGUUAUGGCAGCGGGUGUUUGAACUUGCGGCAUCAAGUAAAAUUUUUUCACCUGGAAAAGUAGUUGUAUUUGCUCGGGUAGGGGAGUCAACUCGACUCGGGGUGAUAACAUCCUUUAAUGUGAAACAAAAUCAACUUAACGUUAUUAGCCUAGCUGAGAAGGAGGAAGGCCGCAGUUACUGGCCCGCUUCAAGGAAAAUAACUAGAUCGAAUAUUCCAAAGAGUGAGCUCCUUGUUUUAAGUCCAGAGGACAUGCUUGACUUGAGUGCAACAGAACUGAAAGUAGACGUUAAGAAACUGAACACGCCGAAAGGUCUUCGUGAGGCGGGUCAGGAUAUGUUUGACAUAGUGGAAUCUUGGACUUUCAAAAAAGUCAAUUUAAUUAAAGAGAUAAAGAAUGCUGAUUUAGAUUUUGCUGAGAAGAUGCAAAAUGUAGAUUUGCUAGAGCAAAAUGUAUUAUCACAUUCCUGUUCAUCGUGUCCACUGUUUGAAACUCACUUGGAAAUUGCCCAAAAACGUCGAUCCGUAAAUUCUGAACUUUACCGCGUUUCAUUGUUGCUCUCUGAAGAAGGCAUGGUAAUGAUGCCUGACUACUACAAGCACUUACAGGUUUUGGAAAAGCUCGGCUAUGUCGAGCCUAAUGGACCGCUGAAACUUAAAGGCCGUAUUGCUCGCACUAUGAGUGAUCAUGAAGUCGUACUUACAGAGGUCCUUGUGGGUGACGUCUUAUUCAAGUGCAAGCCCAACGAAGUGGCAGCUCUGCUGUCGGUAUUUGUCUACCAGGGCAAAGCUGAAGACAAUGAAAAUGCUAAAAUCCCGCUAUCUCUUCAAGAGAUCAUGCAGCAGUUUCUUACUCUAGUCACAGACGUAGGCAAAGUGCGUCGCGAAUGUGGCUUCGAUGAAGAUCCUGCCAUUUUCUGCGACCAGUAUAACCGUGGCCUCGUCAACAUCGUCUACCAUUGGGCCAGUGGCAUGACGUUUGCACAAAUAAUGCAAUUGGCAGCCAAUCAGCAGGAAGGUACCAUCGUGCGGUGUAUCCAGCGACUUGAUGAGCUGUUAGGACACGUGAAGGAUGCCGCCAAGGUAAUAGGCAAUCCUGAACUUCAUAAGAAAGUUGAACAAGCAUCCACGUUGAUUCGAAGAGAUAUUGUAUUUGCAGCCAGUCUAUAUCUUGAGUAAAUAGGUUAUUAGAAUUAAGCA